UGUUGCUGGUCCCGCGGGGAGCGCGCCGCUGCCGGUUGGCCGCGCUCGCGAGCCGGGGUUCGGGCCGGGGCGGGCGCGCUCGGCGGCGCAGGGCGGGGCGGUUGGGCGCCGCGCUGACGGAGGGCGGGGCGGUGUCGAGCUGGCCGGCCGCGCCAUGGCCGACGAGGCCCCCAGGAAGGGCAGCCUGACUGCGCUAGUCGGACACACCAACGGCCUCACCAAGCCCGCGGCCCUGGCCGCGGCCGCCGUCUCCGCCAAGCCCGGGGGCGGCGGCGGCUCCAAGAAGCUCGUCAUCAAGAAUUUCCGAGACAGACCUAAAUUGCCUGAUAACUACACUCAGGACACCUGGCAGAAGCUUCAUGAGGCGGUGAAAGCCAUACAGAGUAGUACCUCCAUCAGGUACAACCUGGAAGAGCUCUACCAGGCUGUUGAAAAUCUUUGUUCUCACAAAGUGUCUCCGACACUGUACAAACAGCUGCGCCAGGUCUGUGAGGAUCGUGUCCGAGCUCAGAUUCUUCAGUUCAGAGAAGACUCACUAGAUAGCGUUUUAUUUUUAAAGAAGAUUAACACAUGUUGGCAAGACCACUGCAGACAAAUGAUCAUGAUCAGAAGUAUCUUUCUGUUUUUGGACCGCACUUACGUCCUCCAGAACUCCAUGCUUCCCUCUGUCUGGGAUAUGGGAUUAGAACUAUUUAGAAACCAUAUCAUAGGUGACAGAAUGGUUCAGAGUAAAACUAUCGAUGGCAUUCUACUAUUAAUCGAGCGAGAGAGGAACGGUGAAGCUGUGGACCGGGGCUUGCUGCGAGGCCUGCUGAGCAUGCUCUCUGACCUUCAGGUAUAUAAAGACUCAUUUGAAUUGAAAUUUUUGGAAGAAACUAAUUGUUUAUAUGCUGCAGAAGGCCAGAGGCUAAUGCAAGAAAGAGAGGUUCCAGAAUAUCUUAACCAUGUAAGUAAACGUCUAGAGGAAGAAGGAGACCGAGUGAUCACGUAUUUGGACCACAGCACACAGAAACCGCUGAUUGCGUGUGUGGAGAAACAGCUCUUAGGAGAACAUUUAACAGCAAUUCUGCAGAAAGGGCUGGACCAGUUGCUUGAUGAGAACAGAGUGCCUGACCUCACUCAGAUGUACCAGCUGUUCAGUCGUGUGAAGGGCGGGCAGCAGAGUCUCCUGCAGCACUGGAGCGACUACAUCAAGACUUUUGGGACAACAAUUGUUAUCAAUCCUGAGAAGGAUAAAGACAUGGUGCAGGACCUGCUGGAUUUCAAGGACAGGGUGGACCAUGUGGUAGAGGUCUGCUUCCAGAGGAAUGAGAAGUUCGUCAGCCUCAUGAAAGAGUCCUUCGAAACGUUCAUCAACAAGAGGCCAAACAAGCCCGCAGAGCUCAUCGCAAAGCAUGUUGAUUCAAAAUUGCGAGCGGGUAAUAAAGAAGCCACAGACGAAGAACUGGAGAGGACGCUGGACAAAAUCAUGAUCAUAUUCCGGUUCCUGCAUGGUAAAGAUGUCUUUGAAGCAUUUUAUAAAAAAGAUUUGGCAAAAAGACUCCUUGUUGGAAAAAGUGCCUCUGUCGAUGCUGAAAAGUCUAUGCUGUCAAAAUUAAAGCACGAGUGUGGUGCGGCUUUUACCAGCAAGCUGGAAGGCAUGUUCAAGGACAUGGAGCUCUCCAAGGACAUCAUGAUUCACUUCAAGCAGUAUAUGCAGAACCAGAGUGACCCAGGCUCUAUCGAUCUAACAGUGAAUAUACUUACCAUGGGGUACUGGCCGACAUACACACCUAUGGAGGUACACUUAACUCCAGAAAUGGUUAAGCUUCAGGAAAUAUUUAAGACAUUUUAUCUCGGGAAGCACAGCGGCCGAAAACUGCAGUGGCAGGCUACUCUGGGGCACGCUGUUUUAAAGGCAGAGUUUAAGGACGGGAAGAAGGAGUUCCAGGUGUCCCUCUUCCAGACCCUGGUGCUGCUCAUGUUCAAUGACGGGGAUGGGUUCAGCUUCGAAGAAAUAAGAACAGCCACGGGCAUCGAGGACAGUGAGCUGCGAAGGACGCUACAGUCCCUGGCCUGUGGCAGAGCACGUGUUCUGGUUAAAAGCCCCAAAGGAAAAGAGGUGGAAGAUGGGGACAGGUUCGUCUUCAAUGGCGAGUUCAAGCAUAAGCUGUUUCGAAUAAAGAUCAACCAAAUCCAGAUGAAGGAAACUGUUGAAGAACAGGUCAGCACCACUGAGCGAGUAUUUCAGGACAGGCAGUAUCAGAUCGACGCUGCCAUCGUCAGAAUAAUGAAGAUGAGGAAGACUCUUGGCCAUAACCUCCUGGUUUCUGAACUGUAUAAUCAGCUGAAAUUUCCAGUGAAGCCUGGAGAUUUGAAGAAGAGAAUUGAAUCUCUCAUAGACAGGGACUACAUGGAGAGAGACAGAGACAGUCCCAAUCAGUACCACUAUGUAGCCUGACGUGCUGGUCGGCCGCUCGCCCUCCAUGAGGCACUAGAGGGCAUCUCAGAGCAGUGAGUGUUCCGUGCUGUCCCUGGGCCUUGCUGGGACCGAGCCAGCGCGGGCACUUGUGGAUCGGAAGGACAGGAGGUGGCUCCUGGCCCUGCUUGACAAGACCUAAGGGCCUGCAGAUGGUACAUGUGUCUUUCCCUUUGGUUGUUGUUCUCGGCAUUUAAAUCUUUUCAGUUGCUCUGCAGAAUGACUGUGAGAUUGGACCAGAAGAUCCCGUAGCCGAGGGACGUUAGGAGGAAACGGUCAGUGUUGAAACAGGCUAAUCAGUUACGCAAGCUAAGCUGGCAUCUGUUUCAUUUAUUUUCAGAAAGUUUCCAACUUUGAGGACUGGUUUCUUUAUAAUGAGGUUUCUCGGUAAGGUCUCUGCCAUGCCAAGACAACAUUGGGUCUGACGUGUUCGAUGCCGUGAAGCCAUCGGCGGCUUUAUUUCCACAGUUACUUGUGAAUUUUCUGUUGAAGGGUUUGAGUGUGUUUGUGUUUCCCAUUCUGAGACUGAGUCUAGCAGUCCUGUUUGAUUGCUUUAAUUGCACCACUGUGUGAUUGCUCUGGGACAGUCUGGUUUUGUGUUCACAGCCGUGCACAGGGAAGGGCCGCUGCAAGCGCUUCUGUAGGGAACUUGGAGUCUUGCUGUGGGGAGGCAGAGGUAAUUUUGUCAGAUUGAAAGGAUUCGUUGGCACCUGGCUUCACAUGUGUAGGUAUACAAGUGAGGUUGGAGGGGAGUGGCUGUCAUUGUAGCUGUAACAAAGAUACUUUUGUGGUAACAUUUAAAAGUACUUUAUAUUUUACAUAAUAGCAUGUUUCAUUUUGAUUAAAAGCUACCAAAGGAAUUUUGAUCAUGGUAUAAGUGUUUAAAGCAAUAUUUUCUGGAAUAUACAAAGUUUAUAUAAUUUGAUUUUGUGCUAAAUUAUUAAAAGAUUCUCCCUUUUUGAAACAUGCGUGUUUAAAAUCUGGUAUCUUGUGGGCUUCCAUCUGAAAAUCCUCAUUCGUAGGUAUCAUCCUGAUUUCUGUAUCUGUGAAUUUUCAUUUGUGAGCUCUGUAGUAUGUGGUCUAUAAAAGACUAAAGAGAUUUUUACUAGUCAAGUUUUAAGUUCAUUGUCUCUAGAGAGUGUCAAUAUUGUAAUUUAAUGUAGACUUACCUGAAUAAAAUCAGUUUAAUUGGCCUUAA